AUGUCUGUCACUUUACAUACUAGUCAUGGUGAUAUUAAAUUGGAACUAUUUUGUGAAUUAACACCUAAAACUUGUAAGAACUUUUUAGCACUAUGUGCAAAGAAAUUUUAUGACAAUACAAUUUUCCAUAGAAAUAUUCCAGGAUUUAUUAUUUAAGGAGGAGAUCCUACAGGUAAUUUAAAUAUUGGAUUUAAUAUUUUAGGUACAGGAAAGGGUGGGGAAUGUAUUUAUGGAAAAUAUUUUGAGGAUGAAAUUGUUCCAGAAAUUAAACAUGAUAGAAGAGGAAUAGUUUCAAUGGCAAAUGCAGGAAAGGAUACAAACUAAUCACAAUUUUUCAUUACCUAUUCUAAAUAGAAUCACUUAAAUGGUCUGUAUACUGCAUUUGGUAAAGUAAUAUAUGGAUGGGAGACUCUAGAUCUAAUGGAAAAGGAAACUGUAGAUAAUAAUUACAAACCAUUGAAUGAGAUUAAAAUUUUCAAGACUACCUUACAUGCAAAUCCAAUAGCAGACAUCGAAUAAUUUUGA